UUCUAUUCUCAUAGUCCAUUCCGAAUUAACUUUACAGACUCCAUUUUCUUUCUUUCGAAUCUGUUCAAGGCUUCAAUUUUGAUUCAUUCUAUGAUUUCGUCGUGGAGAAGGCGAAGGGCUGCCCGCCGGGCACCGAAGACCGACGGAGGCGAAGCCGAAAUGGUGGUUCCGACCCAUUUCCGGUGCCCGAUAUCACUGGACCUGAUGAGAGAUCCGGUGACGCUGUCGACGGGGAUGACGUACGACCGGGAAAACAUAGAGAAGUGGGUUGAAGCCGGGAACUUCACGUGUCCGAUAACCAACCAGCCGCUCCGAAGCCUGGAGCCGGUGCCCAACCACGCCAUAAGGAAGAUGAUCCAAGACUGGUGCGUCGAGAACCAUUCUGAAAGAAUCCCGACUCCCAAAAUUCCUGUAACCUCGUCGGAGGCUGCGGAGAUCAUGGGCAACCUGCUCUCGGCGGCGCGGCGAGAUGGCGAGGACGGCGAGUGCCUCAACCUGGCCGCCAAAAUCAAGUCUUUGGCUAAGGAAAGCGAGCGGAACCGGCGCUGCAUGGCGAGGAAUGGCGCCAGUUCGGCUCUGUCGGAGACUUUCGCGGCGUUUUCAGACCGUAACACAGCCGUUUUGGAGGAGACGUUGUCGGCUUUGGCAUUGAUGUUUCCUUUGGACGAAGAAGCCAAGUAUCAUCUGGGGUUAACUCCAUCUUUAAACCAACUGGUCUGGUUUUUGAAGAACGGAGAUUUAUCCGGCCGAAGAAACGCGACCUUAGUAUUGAAAGAGAUUGUGUCAUCCGAUCUGGAAAAGGUAGAUUCAUUAAUGGAAAUCGAAGGAGCAACGGAGACCCUGUUUAAGUUAAUCAAAGAACCCAUUUCACCGACGGCGACAAAAGCUUCAUUGACGAUAAUUUACCUCAUGGUUUCAUCGUCGUCUUCGCUAUCAUCUUCAAGAACGAACUUCGUGGCGAUGGGAAUGGUUCCUUUGGUUCUGGAACUAAUUGUGGAUUCAGAGAGGAGCAUUUGCGAAAGGGGAUUAGGGGUAUUGGACGGGCUGUGUUCUUGUGACCAAGGGAGAGAGGAGGCCUAUAGCCACGCCUUGACGGUGCCGGUUUUGGUGAAGAAAUUGCUGCGAGUUUCGGACGUGGCGACGCAGUUCUCGGUGUCGGUUCUAUGGAAGCUGGGGAAGGAGGAGAGGAUUGUGGUGGAAGCUCUGGAAGUGGGGGCUUUCCAGAAGCUUCUGUUGCUGCUGCAAGUGGGAUGCGGGGAGAAGACGAAGCAGAAGGCGAGUGAGCUUCUGAGGAUGCUGAAUGUGCACAGGGUGAGGGUGGAGUGCAUUGAAUCCAUGGAUUUCAAGCAUCUCAAACGGCCUCAUUGAUUUAUUAAUGGCGAUCGAAAUCAUAUACACUGAUGUUUAAAUGUUUUCCAUGUUUUAUAGAUUCAUUGUACAAAUUCACAGAGGGAACUGAUAAAUUACAUAUACAUAUUAUAUAUAUAUAUAUCCAUGCUAGAUUCAUUUGCUUUGGCAA